AUGCCUGGUAUAUCGCCCGAUAUCAUUUCCCAUUGGCUCAACAUCAACCCUGCCGUUCGACCUGCUAGGCAGAAGCGUCGUGCCUAUGACCCAGAGAGAUACGAGGCCAAGAAGACGGAGGUGAACAAGCUGAGCAACAUUGGUUUCAUUCAGGAGGUGGACCACCCCACCUGGCUGGCCAAUGUGGUGAUGGUCCACAAACCAAGGAAAGGCUAG